CGAAGAAUCUUCAUCACCAUCAUUGCUCGUCGGAACGAUACAUGGCCAACAGCCAGUAACAACAUCUCUGUACGCUACAGGACGCAUUCUAACUCGCAGCCAAAUCAGGAACACAAAAACACAUCCACCAUGGGCAGAAGCAAGAGAGACAAGAAACCCGAUCUUGCCGAGCGUCCAGACUUUGCGGCGGAAACCGUUCCGCUCACGGCAGAAGAAGUGCAACUCUUUGACCCCCUCAAGACCAACUUUAUUUGGUACAAGCCCCCGCUUGCGACGGAGGAUUCCCACGAGACCGGUGGCCACCAAUGGUGCGUCGCUGGUCACGACAUGCAGGUCUUGACCAUGACGGUUCCCGCCGGUGAGACGAUCAUCACGGAGGUCGGUUCCUUCAUGUACAUGCAUCCUGGGAUGGAAACGCAGGUCGAGUGCACACUCUGCAAGAUGAACACCUGUGGAGAGGCCUGGAAACGAGUCUGUGGAGGAGAAUCCUGUGUCAAGGUUCUGUUGAUUAACGAGAGCGACGAACAAGGAUACGUUGGUCUAACACCCAAUUUUCCAGCCAAGGUAAGCCGGGAUUCGGAGGACUCGAUCGAUUUGGUCCUAUGCACGCGAAUAUAAUUUUCUCUUUUGCUUUCUUAAAGCUCACUGCGCAGAGCUUUUUGGAAUCAAUUGUUUCGAUUUUGAUCUCUGUCUCGACCUUGCCUUUUCGAACACCACCGACCACAGGUAAUACCUAUCAAGUUUGGCACCCACAUAGAAUCUGGAAGAAACAUGAUCACGAAAGGCGGUGCGUACAUGGCAGAAUUGGGCGACGUCGAUGUCGGUUGUAGUCUUGACUGUAGUAUUGCUACUUGUUGCUGCGCCGGUCUAGGGUGCUGCCGUCAAAAGCUUUCUGGUUCGGACGGUAGCAUUGCAUUCCUCAAUGCGGGAGGAACCAUCGUGUACAAGCAUUUGAAAGAGGGUGAAACGGUUACGGUGGAUACUGGAAGCCUCGUUGGUUUCGAAGAUUCUGUCCACAUGGGCAUCCGUUUCAAUGGGAGUUUUUGUACCUGUUGCUUUGGCGGAGAAGGUUGCUUCUCGACUACCCUGACCGGUCCGGGAAGAGUUUACAUGCAAUCGUGAGUAGUACCGCUACAAUACGUCACUUUGACGACCAAUGAGAGUUUGGCAUCGCUUUAUUUCCUUAAACACUGUGGUGAACUAAUUUGCUGCUUUUUAACCGACUCCUUUUUUUCAGAAUGAGUUUUCAGAGAUUUCAGGCGGCUGUGAUGCAAACAAUCACGGAGGAAGAGAGAGGUGGCGACAGUAACACCGGAAUGGAUAUCGCCACGGAAAUAUUGGGACCGUAACUUUUCCCACAGUUCUUGUUUGUUCCCUUGUAUGUGAUUACAUAUAUCUAGAAGAGCAACGGCUUUUGUAGACGUGAUUCUUAUUGAGAACGUUGAUUCUUUGCAACUUUAUUUCCUUGUUAUAAAAUCAAACUUAGUCU